AUGCUCUCCAAGAACACGUUGAUUGCUGGAAAGCGAGGAAAAUACUUGAGUAGACUUGCCAUUGAUCGCCUCACUACAUUUGCUAAUAUUUAUUACCACGUUACUUCGUCUCCUGCCAUUCUCCGUUCGAUAUGCUACACGCGUGAAGUAGCGUCGGGCGUCGACCCGUCGGCGUCGCGUCGCGUCGGCGUCGGCGUCGCCUCGGGGGUCGGCGUCGCGUCGCCGUCGCUCGGCGUCGGCGUCCGGUCGGCGUCGCUCGCGUCGGCGUCGGGUCCGGCGUCUGCGUCGCUCGCGUCGGCGUCGGCGUCGCGUCGGCGUCGGCCGGCGUCGGCUCGGCGUCGCGUCGGGCGUCGCGUGGCGUCGGCGUCGGCGUCGCGUCGGCGUCGCGUCGGCGUCGCGUCGGCGUCAGCGUCGCAGUCGGCGUCGGCGUCGGCGUCGGCGUCGCGUCGGCGUCGGCGCGCGUCGCGUCGGCUCGCGUCGGCGCGGCGUCCGGCGUCCGGCGUCGCGGUCGGCGUCCGGCCGGCGUCGCGUCGCGUCCGCCGUCGCGUCGCGUCCGGCUCGGCGUCGGCGUCGGCGUCGGCGUCGGCGUCGGCGUCGGCGUCGGCGUCGCGUCCGGCGUCGCGUAGGGCGUCGGCGUCGGCGUUCGCGUCGCGUCGGCGUCGCCGCGGCCGGCGUGCGCGGUCGGCGUCGGCGUCGGCGUCGGUGUGUUUGGUUGUGUUGUGUUGUGUGGUGUGGUGUGGUGGUGUUGUGCCACCAGAGAAGCUGGUAAUCCUGGAUGAGCACGGUGUGAUGCUGCCUACACCCCACUUCAUCUUGGGUCCCCGCAACGAAGGAACCCCGCUGAAUAUUACAUGCAUCGCCACCGGAGAGAAGACCACGGCAGGUUGUAGUGAGGAAGGCAGCAACACGGCCGGAAACCGUGUAGGGAAAGAUGAAGAUCCUCUAGAGGAGGAGGCGACAACGCUCACCGUCGAGAAUGCACGGGCCGGCAUGAGCUGCAAGGGGGCGUGGCAGAUUCACCGCCCCCGCCCCCGCAAACGGUCAAUUUUCGCGCCAUUGAGCGCGGUGCCGAGCGUGUGUGCCGUGGCGCCGUCGCGAGACCUGCGCGGGGUUCGGCUACGCAAUCGCGAGGGCAGCUCGCCUCGGAGCGACUACGCGCGCCGGCGGGCGGCGGCAUCGGCGGCGUCGCCCGUGCUCAUGGCCCGCUCACGCUUCGCAGCCACGGCCACCGUCGCGCCUGCUCGCCAGCUCGCCUCUGCAACGCGUGCCUGCUUGCGUUCGUGUUGGCGGUCCGGGUCGCUCGUCGCGCGCGUGAGCCCAUGGCGCCGGCUGGGCGAGGCGCCGCCAAGCCUGCACGGAGCGCUGCGUCGUCGGGAUUUCCUUCGCCGCGCGGGCUCGGCGUCGACGUUCCGGACUGAGGGGAUAACCGUAUCUGCGGGAAUUAUUCUCCACUCCGCGCGUCCUGAGUGGGCUGGGGCAGGGGCGGCGCGUGGGCGGGCGUGGCGGGGCGGCGACGGGCGCUGCGGGUGUCGGGCGCGGCAGCGGGCGCGAGAAGAGCCCUCGACCCGCGGCCCUUCACGUCCCCGCACGCGCCGCCCGCGCCGGGCGCAGGCCUUCUCUCGGGCCGGAGAUGCACGGCCCGCGCUGCCCGCCACGCCCCACAUGUCCCGGCGCGCCUCGCCCGUCCCCGCACGCCCUGCUCCGCUGCCCGCCCUGGUCGCAUACUAG